AGGGGGGAGUACUACUAUAUCAAUAUUGAAGUUAUCACUUUCAUUAAUUAGUCAAGUCCCCCGCCACUCUAAUAAUUUCGUCUGAGUGAAUUUCGCUAUACAGCCAAAACCCAGGAGGGAUUCACUAUUCUUCACCUAGCAGCAUGCGCACAAUAGCAGCGCGACUCACCCCUUAUCUAUGGAGGAGAAAGCCUAUAAAUUUACAGCCCCGGAAUUUUUCUACUUCCGGCUUUGAUGAAAGGUCAAUAGAACAAGAAGCUGAGAAAAAAGUAGGGUGGCUCUUAAAAUUAAUUUUUGCUGGGACUGCUACAGUUAUUGGGUAUCAGAUUUUCCCAUACAUGGGAGACAAUUUGAUGCAGCAGUCUGUCUCACUUUUACAAGUCAAAGAUCCCUUAUUUAAAAGAAUGGGUGCAUCCAGAUUAGCUCGUUUUGCUAUAGACGAUGAAAGAAGGAUGAAGAUAGUUGAAAUUGGUGGGACUCAACAUCUUUUGAACAUGUUAGAGGCUGCUAGAGAUGAUCGCACGAGGAAGGAAGCCUUGAAGGCUCUUUUUGCAAUAUCUAAAUCAGAUGAGGCUGCUAUGGUCUUACAUCAAGCUGGAGCGGCAUCAAUCAUCAGGUCGACCCCCGAGUCUCCUGAGGAUGCUGAACUCGGGACUUACAAGUCAAAUUUGUUGAGUAGAUUUCAAGAUUUAUCACAUGAUAUAAGGUCUUGAGAUUCCUAUCAUUCUCUUAAAACGUGGAAAUAACGUCUUACAUAGAUGUUUUAUUAGAUCGCUGACCUUUAAGAAUUUGUUUUUUUCCUGAACAAAAUUAAGAGAAUCCUUUCAUGGUUGUUACAUGUAAUUUGUGUUACAUGUCCUCUUUUAGAGAGCCAUGGUUAUGCCUCCACACCUUCAAAAGUAAUAGCUACCUUGUUUAAUGGGAUCUUAAGCAUUGCUACUUGCUAGUGAAGGAAUUCUGCUAUAAUGUUGUAAACUCUUCAAGGGGCAUUGGGAUAGAAAAAUAAUCCGGAUGCCUUGCAAAGUUGCCAUGA